AUGAUAAGAAAAUUUCUGACAAAUAAAGAAGACGAUAAUCACCCAUUGCUCGGACCAAAUAUAUGGGGUCUGAAACUUGGUCGGCUUUUACAAACUCAUGAUGGAUCGGGUUUUAAUUCUCUUAUUUACAAUUUAAUUCACAUUGCAGCUACGUUUUUCGUUUUGAGCCAGUAUAUUGAAUUAUGGUUCAUCCGAUCUGACAUUGCAUUAGCUUUGGAAAAUCUUUCUGUGACUAUGGAAAGUACCAUUUGCAUUGUUAAAGCUGUUACUUUUGUGUUUUGGCACAAAUCCUGGAGUGACAUCAUUAAUUUUGUUUCUUCUUUAGAACUGUCCCAACUAUCUACUAAUGAUGGGAAAACUAGAGUUGUUAUUGGCAAAUAUACGAAAUAUUCACGCGUUGUCACAUAUUCUUUCUGUGUUUUGUUAGUUGGUACAGUUUUAUCAGAAGUAGUGUCCCCUUUGUUAGCUUUGUUUAUAUCAAAUAAUGAAGACACCGUCAAAAAUACAACAGUAUCGUAUCCACCAAUAAUGAGCUCAUGGACUCCUUUUGAAAGAUCACAGGGUUUUGGUUACUGCCUUGUCUUUAUAGAACAAACAUGGUUUUGCUGUUACGCUGGAGUAAUAACUUCUUUCUACGACUCAACUGUUAUAGUUCUCAUGAAUUUCUUUGCUGGACAAAUGCAUUUGCUGAACAUUAAUUGUUCAAGAUUGUUUGAGAACUCAGGGGAGUUAACUAAUCACGAAGCAGAACAAAAAAUACGGGAAUGCCACAAUCAUCAUUUGUCUUUACUCAAAUAUUGCAAGAUUUUGGACAGUGUUUUAUCUCCUGUGAUGUUUCUGUAUGUUAUAAUUUGUUCUCUAAUGAUCUGCACAAAUGCUGUUAAAUUGACAUCGGAUUCAACAACGAAAAUGGAAAAAAUUCGGAUUGUUGUAUAUUUGACCGCAUUAAUAUCCCAAUUGCUUCUCUAUUGCUGGCAUAGCAAUGAAGUUUUAGUAAUGAGUAAGCAAGUGGACUAUGGGGUUUACAAAAGCGACUGGUGGACUCAAGACGUGAAAAUCCGUCGGAGUAUUCUCCUGCUGGGUGGUCAACUCCGCAAGACUGUGUGCUUCGCCGCUGGCCCAUUUGUCAAUCUAAAUGUUCCUACUUUUAUUGCUAUAUUGAAAGGAUCCUACAGUUAUUACACGCUUCUAAACCAGAAAAAAGAUGAGUUUGCAAUCUGA